AUGGCGCAGCCCAUAAACGCCCACCCCGCGCACGCGCUGCUCUCUCGCGCACACUCCCCCGACGCGGCCUCGCGGAUUUUCACCGAGAAAGUCAAGAACAAGCCCCUGCUGUUGCAGCCCACGGCGGCUGCCGACCGGGAUCGACGCGCCCUCCGUCGCCGCGUCCGUCUCCGCAAAACGGAAUACUACCUGCGCAAACGCAGGCCCAAGCCGCUGAGCGCCAAGGAGAAGAGGGAGCGGGGACUGGUCAAACUGCGCAAAGAGGAGGUCAAGUAUGAGAUCUACCAGGGUUUGCACGAGUUGUGGAAGGGAUACAUGCUCGAGAUCCUCGGGUACGUCAAGGACGGCGAGAUCGUGCCCAGCAGUCUGGCGAGAGUGGUCACGGCCCAAAGCCACGGCUCUCUUCUGGCCAGUGCGGACUUUCAUGGCGCAGAACUCGAGGUGGUCGGGUGCUCGGACCCCGGCAAGGUUGGCAUCAGAGGGAUCGUGGUGAGAGAUACAAAGUACACAUUUGUGGUGGUGACGGCGAAGGAUGAAGUCAAGACGCUACCGAAAAAGAAUUCAGUGUUUCGGUACGAGAUACCCUUGCCAGAGGAUUUCGAGGCCAACGAUGGCCCUCAUCAACAGCACGACGAAGACGAAGAAGGGCCCCAGGCGACGAGACGACUGGUGUUCGAACUGCACGGGAACCAGUUCGAGUAUCGACCAGCCGAGAGAGCAAACCGGAAGUUCAAGUGGAAAGCCACGGAUUACUUGUGA